UCACAACCUCUAAGCCAAGAUACCACUCAGUCGUUUUAUCACUCACUGUCAACCAAGGUCUAAAGUUUUCAAAGAAAUGAAAAGAUACGUUUCAUGAUAUGUAUACAAAAUAUUCUAGUUUUUUAGGCAUCUUUUGUUUUGUUUCGACAUUCAUUUACACAGAACUUGCUUUUUCAGCCUUCUUACCGUUGCAUUUCAGAGGUAGUUUACAUUGGAACAAUAAACACAACACAUGCUGAGCUGUCACUGAAAAUGUUAGAAGCGGGAAAGCAUGUUCUUAGUGAGAAACCCAUGGCCAUGAACUAUAAACAGGCAAAACAAGUCCUUGACUUUGCUAAGUCUAAAAAUCUUCUUUUUGUAGAGGGAAUAUGGAGUCGCUUGUUCCCCGUGUACGAUGAAAUAAGACAGGAAAUGGCGGCUGGUUCCCUUGGUGAUGUUAGACUGGUACAAGUAAACUUCUGUGAGUCUUUGUCUCAAGUAGAGAGAGUGAACGAUGUGAAACUUGGUGGAGGAGCAAGCCUAGAUAUUGGAAUCUACACGAUCCAGUUUGCUUGUCUCGUUUUUAAUGAAAUGCCAGAGAGUAUAACAGCUGUUGGAAAUCUCAUGAAAUCAGGUGCUGAUGAGAAUGCAUGUAUAAUUCUGAAAUACAAAAAUGGAGCAGUUGCUAAUCUGACGUACCAUUCUUCUGUGCUAAACAACAAUACUGCAGUAAUCUGCGGUACAAAGGGGAGAAUAGAGGUAGAACAGCCAUUCUGGGCACCAACAAAAAUAAGUACUCCAUCUGGUGUGAAAGAAUUCCCCUUGAAUGAUGAUGGAGGGUAUAAUUUUAAAAAUUGUGCUGGAUGAGGCUAAUGCUAUCCGUGAUUGUCUGUCAAAAGGUUUAAUUGAACAUCCAUACGUAACCCAUGGAGACAGUGAAAUGAUACAUAAAAUCAUGGAUGAAGUACGGCGACAGAUCGGCAUGGUGUAUCCGGACUUUGACUAGAAUGGACCAGACAUUGAGAACAAAAUAUUGAAAUUUUACCUUUAAGCAUAGGUCGUCAUAGGUUUAGUAACAGAGGUUUCGCUGACAUUAUUCCAACAGUAAUAUAUUUAAUAAAAAAAUUGUAAUGUAU